AUGUUUCGGUUGCUUCUGCAGGGCAUAGUCAUGGUGCUCUUCAUGGAUGAGGGAGACAGAGUUCUGACAAGCAAAGGGAUUCGGUAUUGCAAUGACUGUAAGCGCUUUGAUGGAUACAAAUGCCUUGGUGGCAUGAAACAAUGCUGGAAGUUUGAUAUAUAUCGUUACAACAGGAGUUGUGCCACAGAGCAUUUUUACUAUAGUGACCGUUCAUCAGGGAGAUACCUGUUUCGUUAUUCAAAACUGUCUUGUAAAAUCUGUGAGGAGGGAAUGACCCAAUUAUUCCAUGACCUCCUGAGAGAAACAGUCUGCUGCACUGAUAGAAACAGGUGUAAUAAUGGCUUCAAUAAUUUAGAAAUUACAAGGAUACCUGGAUUAGAGCAUGAAGACGAAUUGGUGGCUGCUAGUUCAGAAAAAAAUGAAGAUUAA